AUGGGCGAACACGCGGUGCGCGGCGGCGCUCCAACUUUUGCGUCCUUCGGCGCGAACGCCAACGACACCAACCGCGACUACCGCCACACCGAUCCGUACCACGCCGAUCAGCCCGCCUCUGACGGGAUAGCUGAGGAGUACAAUCAAAGGACGUUGACCACCGCACAUCAGGUCUUUGUCCGCCCUCAGAUUGGCUUCCAUGACCACUCUCAGGUGGUGUCUGAGCCAGCGGCCAUCCAGGCCGACGCUUCUUACAAUAUAGGGUUACUAGGUGGCGACUUUGUCGGACCGCCUGCGUCUACGUCCGCUGAGAACGACGUCUCGUACUCUCCGUCUUUCCUCAACAAUGAAUUUUACCAACCUGUCGACGAGGGGGAAAUCGCGCUUUUGAUUCAGAACAUCUUACAGCAAGUCGAAGACGUUCUCGGUGGCAAGGAUGCGAAUACUUCCGCAUCGCAGCAUCCGACAUCCUAUCCCCAGCAUUCUCUGAGUGCGCCGGCGAUACACCCUCAUUCCGCGCUCUCGCCAUCCCUGGAUCCGCCGCCCGCUCAUUUUUGGGGCGAGUCAGGGCCGCUUCAGUUCCCGUUCCCGUUCCCCACUCCAUCCACUGCUUCGUUCGACGUCCUCCCAGACGUGGCAUAUGACCAACACCAGUAUGCUCCUUUGGACGCACAGGGAUCGCCUUCGCAGCACGUCGCACCAGCCAACGAUCGAACGACCAAUAUAAUGCCGCUCCUAGCAAAGAUGAGCCAUUAUCCGGAGAUGACGGUUUCUCGCCUCGGACCGUGGGGCACCCAUAGCGAUGUAGUCAUGGAACAUCCGGACGCAUCCCAUCUCGGCUAUACAUCCACCGCGAGCACCCACAGUUCCGAGUCUGACUUCUGCGGCGCCCUGACUGACGAACCUGGUUCGUCACCUACCGAGAGCCAACCGUCAUACAUCCUCUCGCCCGGGUCAAAUGAGCGUGCGGCGUCCUACGAUAACAGGACGCCAGCUAGCACAGCUCAUCUAUAA